CUGGUAACAAAUGAAGUAUGGAGUCGUGGGACCCGGUUGAUCUGUCAUUCGUGUGUGUUGCAGUAGAACGUGCCCUGACCAGGCUGAAAAUUCUCAAUAUUAAUCCCACCAACGAUGAUCUGCUUGAUCCGACCGGCACCUACAGCAUCGGAAGCCUCCUGAAUCAGAAAAUUUCAUCACUUGAAGACAUAGGCUUACUCAGGGUAAAAUCGAUCCGUCAGAGAGAAGAACGAAUCAAACGUGAACCUCGUCGUUCCUCAAUUAGUUUCCAUCAUUCCAAACUGUUGCGAGAAGUAAAAUCCUUGGAAGAACAGUUGGCUACCUUGGGCGAAAAUCUUCACGACUUACAAGAACAGGUUUAUGCACGAAAACAACUGGAAGUUGCCAAAAAUCGUUUGGUUGACAAAUGGGAAGAAGCUCGCUACGAACAGCAGCUUCAAUCGUUGAACAUUCGAACGGAUGAGUUCCGGGAACAAACGAACCAACAACUGCUGGCUAUUGAGUCUGCACUGGAUGCCGCACGGAAGAUAGAUCUGUACUACAGCGAACAGUUGACCAAUAUCGGAAAUGCCAUCAACGAUUGGAUGGAACGUUUCGAGCGGGAAAAGGAAACGAUCGAUGCUCGCACCCAGAAAGCUCGGGCCCGUAAAAGACACUGGGAGGAAAUGCAAGCAACUGUCGAGCAACGGAAGGCAGAAAUUACAGAGCUGGAGAAAAUUGAAAUGCAAUACAUCAAGGAUGCAGAACACAAGAAACUGUGUCAGAAAUAUGCCGUAAAAUUACAGGCUUGGUGGCGUGGAGUCAUGGUUCGCCGAGGGCUUGGCAAAACCGGUAAAGGGAAAAAGGGUAAGAAAGGGAAAAAAGGCAAAAAGGGAGCGAAGGCCAAAGGUAAAAGGAAUAAGAAGUAAAUCUGAAGUACGCUUAAACGUUGGUCCGUGUGCCAUUCAAAAUGUAACGAUAGUAGAUUAAUAUAAACGCUACAUGCUGUUGA